AUGGCAACAGCCGAGGCUUUCACAAGCAGUGGAAAUGGAGGAGGUGCCUUCAAGAAUAAGGAGAAGCCCAUGGCUGUCAGGUCGUCCAACAUUGUUGCAGCAAGAGCCGUUGCCGACGCGAUCAGAACCUCCUUGGGCCCUCGAGGCAUGGACAAGAUGAUCAGGAGCGGGAAGGGCGAGACCAUAAUCACCAACGAUGGCAGCACCAUGCUGCAGAGUAUGUCCGUGCUUCAUCCCACAGCCAAGAUGUUGGUCAACUUGUCCAAUGCACAAGACGUCGAAGCCGGUGACGGCACCACCUCCGUGGUUGUCAUCUGCGGUGCGCUUCUGGGUGCCGCGGACCGCCUGCUGUCGAAAGGCAUCCACCCAUCUGUCAUAUCCGAGUCGUUCCAACGAGCCGCCGCCGCCGCAGUUGCGGUCCUCCACGACAUGUCACAACCGAUCUCGCUUUCAGACACCUCAGCGCUGCUGCAGGCGGCCAACACCUCGCUGUCCUCCAAAAUCGUGUCACAGUAUGCAAACCUGCUGGGCCCCAUGGCAGUCAACAGUGUUACCAAGACGAUAGACAUCAAGACGGCGGACAACGUGGAUCUGAAGAACAUCCGGACAGUCAAGAAGGUCGGCGGUACAAUUGAGGACAGCGAGCUCGUCGAGGGUCUCGUGCUCACCCAGCCCGUGAUCAAGAAUGCCGGCGGCCCAGUACGGAUGGAGAAGGCCAAGAUCGGUCUGAUUCAAUUCCAGCUGUCACCACCCAAGCCGGAUAUGGAGAACACCAUCUCCGUUAAUGACUACCGACAAAUGGACAAAAUCGUCAAGGAGGAGCGCAUGUACCUGCUGAACAUGGCCAAAAAGAUCAAGAAGGCCAAGUGCAAUGUCCUCCUCAUCCAGAAGUCUAUCCUCCGCGACGCCGUCAACGAUCUGUCCCUGCACUUCCUCGCCAAGCUCAACAUCCUGGUUGUCAAGGACAUCGAGCGUGACGAGGUCGAGUUCAUCUGCAAGAGCACCGGAUGCAAGCCCAUUGCAGACAUCGACUCCUUUGAUGAAGCCAAGCUGGGCAGCGCAGACAUCGUCGAGGAGGUUUCGUCAUCUGGCUCUCGUAUGGUGAAGGUGCUCGGCACAAGAUCCGCAGGCAAGACCAUUUCCGUCGUCGUCCGCGGCGCCAACUCCCUAAUCCUGGACGAGGCCGAGCGCUCCCUGCAUGACGCGUUAUGCGUGGUGCGAUGCCUGGUCAAGAAGAAGGCCUUGAUCGCAGGUGGCGGCGCCCCCGAGAUUGAGAUCGCCGCCCAGCUCUCCAAGCAGGCACGCCAGCUGACUGGCACUGAAGCAAUCUGCUGGAAGGCGUUCGCGGAUGCUAUGGAGGUGAUCCCGACGACUCUGGCCGAGAACGCAGGGCUGAACCCGAUCCGGGUGGUGACGGACCUGCGGCAUCGGCACGAGCUGGGCGAGAGAAACGCAGGCGUGAGUAUCAAGAGCGGUGGCGUCAACUCCAACAUCGCCAAGGAGAACGUACUGCAACCGCUGCUGGUGAGCACGAGCGCCAUCGAACUGGCGGCUGAAACUGUCAAGAUGAUCCUGAGGAUAGAUGAUAUUGCGCUGAGCAGGUAGACAGUGACGCAGCAAGGGGCCAGUGUGGCGGAAAUGGUUAGAUACAGGCUUUAUGAGAACAACAAAAAAACCCUCCAUGGAUUGUACACAUAAUAGACAUUGACAAUCAUCUGACC